CGCGGAGCAGUUUUAAAAUGAAGACGACGGGUGAGCUAGCCGUCACCUCUCGGUUUGCGAGGUGAUCGGUCUGUGUUCUGUGUCGAAGAUGUGGCGGGUGAAACAACUGAGCCUGUCGCCAUCGCCCCAACCGGGAGAACCACCUGUGAGAACGCCUCUCCGCGAACUUAACCUGCAGCCCGAAGCUCUCACCAGCUCUGCGAAAGGGCCUGGGAUAUGCUACUCGCUGACCCCAUCGCUGUGCAAACUGGGGCUGCAGGAGGGCAGCAACAACCUAUCUCCACUGGAUUUUGAAAAUGCUAAGAUGACAGACUCCCCAUCAGAACAGUUCAGCCAUCCCUCAAAGUGGCUAGAAGCUUGUCAACAUGAAUCAGAUGAGCAGCCCCUAAAUCUGAUUCCCCAAAACAACUCUACUCCCAAAACAUCUGAGGAAGCAGUAGACCCAGUGGAAAACAAUGCGGUUAAAACCAUGGUCCUUGUACCCUCUGCAGGAGGGCAGCAGCAAGACAUUACACUGGAGGCCCAUUUAAAUACCAUAGCAGAGACAAACAGUUUUUCUCUGGAUGAGCCUUUGAGGCCAGGAGAUCUGCUGAGAAAUGGGGUGGAACCCUGCAUGAAAGACAGCUUUUCAGAAGUUGUUCCUGCUAUGCCUGAGAAACUUACAUUUCAGGACCCUCCAGCCCAUCUGUUGGAGUAUCCACCAAAUCCCUGUUCUGAGCAACAGCUACCCUGUUCCGAGGAAAGCCCGAGGGACAGUAAAACUGAGACUGUGCCUGAGGACUUAGUGUCUUCUGAAAGUAAUGCCUUCUUGCCUUCCUCCAUGCGCUGUCUUCCCCCUUCAACUGCCUUUCCAGCGGAUUUCCCUGUCAGUCAUGUGGACUCAGGGCAGGAAAUUGUAGAGCACAGAGCUAUAGAGGAAAGAGAAGUGAGCUUUUCCAUACUCCCCGAGGAGGCUGAACUGAGAGAUCAAACACUUGUCUCAAAUACGCAAGAUAUUCCGUCCACAUGCCUGACCCCAAAUCCAGGAGAAAUGGAAUCCCAGGCAGCCCCGGGCCCAGCCGUAGAAGAUGCUGGCAGGAUUCUCAUCUCUGACACAGGGCCUUGGAUGUCCCCACUGGCCUGGCUGGAAAAAGGUGUAAACACUUCGGUCAUGCUGGAAAACCUCCGCCAGAGCCUAUCCCUUCCCUCUGCGCUUCAGGACGCUGCCACGGGCACUGCUCCUUCCUCUACUUGCUCGGUGGGGACUUGGUUUACUCCCCCAGCACCACCACAGGAAAAGAGCACAAAUACAUCCCAGACAGGCCUGCUGGGCACCAAGGACAGUGCUUCUGAGAGGGAGCAUCUCCUAUGGGGGAACCACCCUCCAGAUCUGACCGCCUUAUCUCGACGCGACCUGGAAGAUAACUUGAUGAACUCUCUUCUCAUUCUGGAGGUUCUCUCUCGCCCGCUGCGGAAUUGGAAGAGCCAGCUGACCACCCCUCACCCAGAAGUUCAGGAUAGUAGCACACAGACUGACACAGCUGACACCUCUCGCAGUGGGAUAAAUAAGAAACUGGAGCAUCUUCACGGAAACCGAGAGAUUGGACAGACUUUGCAGCAGACCAGGAAUGUCAUGCAGUCAUGGGUUCUGGUCUCUAAAGAGCUGAUAUCCUUGCUUUACCUGUCUCUGUUGCACUUAGAAGAAGAUAAAACUACUGUGAGUCAGGAGUCUCGGCGUACAGAAACCUUGGUCUCCUGCUGUUUUGAUGUGUUGAAGAAAUUGAGGGCAAGGCUCCAGAGUCUCAAAACAGAAAGGGAGGAGGCAAAGCACGGAGAGGAAAUGGCCCUCAGAGGCAAGGAUGCGGCAGAGUCGGUGCUAGAGGCUUUCUGUGCACAUGCCAGUCAACGCAUCAGCCAGUUGCAACAGAACCUGGCAUCCAUGGGGGAAUUCAGAGGACUCUUGAAGGAGACCCAGACCCAACUGGUAGGUUUUCAUACUGAGCAAGAAGAGGUGGCUCAGGAGACAGCAAGCUUUACCUCAAUCUUGCAACAGGACUGGAUGUCCAUGCAACAGGAUUAUAUAACAUGGACAGCUCUGCUGAGCCGGUCUCGAGAACUCACAGAGAAGCUCACAGCCAAGAGCCGGCAGACCCUACAGGAACGUGAUGCUGCAGUUGAGGAAAAGCAGCAGGUUUCCAGGGAGCUGGAACAAGUCUCUGCCCAGUUAGAGGACUGCAAAGGCCAAAUAGAGCAACUGGAGUUGGAAAAUAGUCGCCUAGCAACAGAUCUCCGAGCUCAGCUACAGAUGCUGGCCAGCAUGCAGAGUCAGCUACAAGAGCUACAGAGUCAGCAUGCCCACUGUACCCGGGACCUGGCCAUGAAGGAUGAGUUGCUCUGCCAGCUUACCCAGAGCAACGAGAAGCAGGCUACUCAAUGGCAAAAGGAAGAGAUGACACUAAAACACAUACAAGCAGAGCUGCAGCAACAACAUGCUGUCCUGGCCAAGGAGGUGCAGGACCUGAAGGAGACUCUGGAGUUUGCAGACCAAGAGAACCAGGUAGCUCAUUUGGAGCUGGGCCAGGUUGAGUGUCAGUUGAAAAGCACACUGGAAGUGCUCCGGGAGCGCAGCCUGCAGUGUGAGGACCUCAAGGACACUGUAGAGAACCUGAAGGAUAAACUGGCUAGCACCGUAGCAGAGAACCAGGAGAAAGACCUGGAGAAGACACGCCAGUAUUCCCAAGAGCUAAGGGUGCUGACUGAGCAACUACAGAACCUGACCUUCUUCCUACACACAAAACUAAAGGAGACGCAGUCAUGGGUUCUGGUCUCUAAAGAGCUGAUAUCCUUGCUUUACCUGUCUCUGUUGCACUUAGAAGAAGAUAAAACUACUGUGAGUCAGGAGUCUCGGCGUACAGAAACCUUGGUCUCCUGCUGUUUUGAUGUGUUGAAGAAAUUGAGGGCAAGGCUCCAGAGUCUCAAAACAGAAAGGGAGGAGGCAAAGCACGGAGAGGAAAUGGCCCUCAGAGGCAAGGAUGCGGCAGAGUCGGUGCUAGAGGCUUUCUGUGCACAUGCCAGUCAACGCAUCAGCCAGUUGCAACAGAACCUGGCAUCCAUGGGGGAAUUCAGAGGACUCUUGAAGGAGACCCAGACCCAACUGGUAGGUUUUCAUACUGAGCAAGAAGAGGUGGCUCAGGAGACAGCAAGCUUUACCUCAAUCUUGCAACAGGACUGGAUGUCCAUGCAACAGGAUUAUAUAACAUGGACAGCUCUGCUGAGCCGGUCUCGAGAACUCACAGAGAAGCUCACAGCCAAGAGCCGGCAGACCCUACAGGAACGUGAUGCUGCAGUUGAGGAAAAGCAGCAGGUUUCCAGGGAGCUGGAACAAGUCUCUGCCCAGUUAGAGGACUGCAAAGGCCAAAUAGAGCAACUGGAGUUGGAAAAUAGUCGCCUAGCAACAGAUCUCCGAGCUCAGCUACAGAUGCUGGCCAGCAUGCAGAGUCAGCUACAAGAGCUACAGAGUCAGCAUGCCCACUGUACCCGGGACCUGGCCAUGAAGGAUGAGUUGCUCUGCCAGCUUACCCAGAGCAACGAGAAGCAGGCUACUCAAUGGCAAAAGGAAGAGAUGACACUAAAACACAUACAAGCAGAGCUGCAGCAACAACAUGCUGUCCUGGCCAAGGAGGUGCAGGACCUGAAGGAGACUCUGGAGUUUGCAGACCAAGAGAACCAGGUAGCUCAUUUGGAGCUGGGCCAGGUUGAGUGUCAGUUGAAAAGCACACUGGAAGUGCUCCGGGAGCGCAGCCUGCAGUGUGAGGACCUCAAGGACACUGUAGAGAACCUGAAGGAUAAACUGGCUAGCACCGUAGCAGAGAACCAGGAGAAAGACCUGGAGAAGACACGCCAGUAUUCCCAAGAGCUAAGGGUGCUGACUGAGCAACUACAGAACCUGACCUUCUUCCUACACACAAAACUAAAGGAGACGGCUGAGCCCGAGACCCUUCUGAAAAGCACAGCCUGUGCUUCUGCCCAAGAACACCCUCCGUCCACCGACAGCACCUUCUUGGGAAGCAUCUUGACAGCAAUGGCAGACAAAGAGCCAGAAUCAGCUCCUGUGGCCUUGCUUGGAAGUGACAAGAGUGCUUUCACCCGAGUUGCAUCCAUGGUUUCCCCUCAGCCUACAGAGACCCCAGGCAUGGAGAAGAGCCUGGAAGAAAUGAGUACUAUGACUCUAGAGCUUCAGAGCCUGUGUUCCCUGCUGCAAGAGUCUAAAGAAGAAGCUGUCAGGACUCUGCAGCGAAAGAUUUGUGAUCUGCAGGCUAGGCUACAGGCCCAAGAAGAACAGCAUCAGGAAGCCCAGAAGGCAAAGGAAGCGGACAUAGAGAAGCUGAACCAGGCCUUGUGCUUACGCUACAAGAAUGAAAAGGAGCUCCAGGAAGUGAUACAGCAGCAGAACGAGAAGAUUUUAGAACAGAUAGACAAGAGUGGCGAGCUCAUAAGCCUUAGAGAGGAGGUGACCCAGCUUACCCGCUCACUUCGGCGUGCGGAGACAGAGACUAAGGUGCUCCAAGAGACUCUGGCAGGCCAGCUGGACCCCAACUGUCAGCCCAUGGCCACAAACUGGAUCCAGGAGAAAGUGUGGCUCUCCCAGGAGGUGGACAAACUGAGGGUGAUGUUCCUGGAGAUGAAAAAUGAGAAGGAAAAACUCAUGGUCAAGUUCCAGAGCCAUAGAAACAUCCUGGAGGAGAAUCUUCGGCGCUCUGACAAGGAGUUAAAGAAACUUGAUGACAUUGUUCAGCAUAUUUAUGAGACUCUGCUGUCCAUCCCAGAGGUCGUGAGGGGUUGCAAGGAGCUACAGGAAUUGCUGGAAUUUCUGAGCUAAGAAACUAAAAGCUGGAGUCUGUUUCACCCCUCUCUACCUGCAAUACUCCCCUGCCCCAACACCAGGACCAACUGGCAUAGAGCCAGCUAGGUUUAAUGCUAUGUAAAUAAAGUGUAUUUAAUGUAUUUC